UCCAUAAAACUUUUAAAAAGUUCCUGACAGGUAAAAAGUUCCUGACAGGCCAAAUUUUGCCAAAAUUAAAAAGGAGAGAAUUCUUUCCUUUUAUACCGUAAAAGUGGUUAUUUUUGAGGGAAUUAUAUUUCGUGAAUUCUGCCACGUAUGCCAUGCAGUUAUUUCCUUGAGAGGUCCAACAGUUCUAAGAUGACAUUAAGUAGAAGCAAGAGAACUGUUUCCUAUUGAAGUAAUCAAUAAUUAUACUGACUGAUACUGAUACACAUUGAUUCAUACUUAAUUCACCCUGUUUUAUAUUGAUGCCUAGUUUAAGCGGUUAUAGUCCAGUAUAGAAUUAAUCUGUGCUGUUAUUAACUUAGGUGUAUUGUAUUGACAGUAAUAAGAUACUGUACACUGGCCCCUAGUAUAUGGCCAGUGUCAUACUGAUCCAGCAAAAGGUUAACUGAUGUCUGAUGCAUGACUGAGUGUCCAUGACUGAUUGUCUAGGAGUAUUAAAAGAGAACCAGCCAGUCAUUUUAUGAUAAUUAUCCCUAGAGAGUACAAUAGAAUCUGAUGACACCAAUCUCCUAUACAGGCUCCCCUACUGAGCUGUAUCAGUACACCAAGAAAUUACUUAAUGUAAAAGAGUCUAAUGGUACAUGGAGUAGGGGAUGGAGGAGGACUAGGUAUAAUCUCUGUAUGUUUAAUUAUCUUUCCCAUUGGUAUUGGAGGAGGAGACCCUUUAGGUUACAGUGGGUGUGUGUAUGUAUGUAAGGUAGAUACACUGUAUUCUCUUGUCCUUGUUAUUAUAGACAGGAAGAGGGCUCCAGUCCGCUUCAACGAGUCUUUACUGCCAGUUUUCUAAUACUGACUGAAGGGAGGAGAGGUUUAUACGAUCAGUGAUGCAGCCAGCACAAUACCAAUAACUGAAUCUAUAUCCUAUUUUCCUAUCUUUCAUCCGAUAUCUUGUGUAGUUAUACGGUCUAAACUUUUGUCUUUUGUUUAACUUUUCCAUGGUAACAGUUUUAAUCACGUGAUAGAGGUCACUUGCUAGCUUCUGCGCUGCAUGCAUGUGCAUGAUUCCUGACUCCUGAGUCCUGACUUCCUGUAUCAAAUUAUUAUCAAAUAUCAAUCCUGAUUCCUCACGAAAGAGAGCCUGGCAGCCUGCUCAGCCUGGGUAAAAAGAUAAAAAGGAUAACUUGUCUGCUGUGGUGAAUAUCUACAUCUCGAUCAAUAUGGCAACUUCGAGAGAAGCUCAAUGUCUGGAUGCAUUUAAAAGAAGAGAUCACAAAGAAGCGGUUCGGUUACUGGGUUUACAGGAUCCUGAAGUACUUUAUCGGGACUGUUAUGAUGAGCGUAGCUUGCUUCAUUAUUCUGUAAGUAACGGCUGGUUAGAUGUUACAAGAGAUAUCGCGGUCUCUCUUUACCGUUUUGACCAACGUAAAUACUACUACUAUAAUGGUCUAUCCUAUCUUUAUACCGCUGCUAAGGGUAACCAUGUUAAUAUAGUGGAAUAUCUUAUUACUGAGUGUGGCUGUGAUCCAAUGAUGGGUAUUACUACUAGGUAUGACAGGACGCCUGUUCUUCAUUAUGUAGCUAGAGAAGGAUUACUUGAUGUCUUGAAGUGUAUGGUCAUGAGCAUCAAUGGUCAUAUAAUGGAUGAACUAUAUCGUACUACUAGUGGUCAGACCGUUCUUCAUCAUGCUGUUAAACGUAAACACAUAAAUGUUGUACAGUACCUCGUUAAUGAGUGUAAAUGUGAUAUAAUGAUCACUAUUGAGGCUAAUGUGCCUAUUCUUCAUUAUGUAGUUAGUGAAGGAUUACUUAAUAUGGUAAAGUGUAUGGUCAUUAACAUCAAUAGUGAUAUAAUGGACAAACAAUAUCGUGAUGCUCAUGGUCGGACUGUUCUUCAUCUUGCUGUUGGACACAUAGAUAUUGUAAAGUACCUCAUUAUUGAAUGUAGCUGUAAUAUAAUGGUCACUGAUAGUCUUGGACAAACAUCUCUUCAUCAUGCUGCCAGGGAGGGUAAAUCUGAAGUUGUUGAAUACUUUUUAUCAACUGUUAAUUGUGAUCCUUUGGCUAAAGACAAUUAUGGGAGGACGCCAUUAGAACUAGCUAAAGAAAGAAUGUAUGAUAGCGAUACUGCCAUUGCUAUCUUCAAGAAGUUUGGUAACAUUAAAGUAUCUCAUCCGAUUGAUUCUUAUGUUAACGUUCUCCUUGUGGGUAAUCCUGGAGCUGGUAAAAGUACUCUUAGUCAUGUCAUCAAUGACACAGCUACUGGCCCUAUUGUUCUUGGUUUUUUUAGAAAUGUUGGAGGGGUAGUGCCUUGUACUGCUGGCAUCAUUCCUUAUAAACUACAACACAGGACACUGGGUAACAUCAUUCUUCAUGAUUUUGCUGGUCAUUCAGAAUACUAUUCCAGUCACAGUGCCGUCAUUGAAAAUCUUUUACAAGGUUCUGGUGGUGUGUUCCUGAUAGUAGUCAAUAUAUUGGAGAAGGAAGCAGUCAAACAGCUUCAUCAGUGGCUAACAGUUGUGAGAAAUGAAGCACAAAAAGCUCUUAAUCAAUGCCAUGUUUUUGUAAUAGUAAGUCAUGUGGAUGACAUAUUUAGUAAUCCUUUUGAAAGGAGAAGAAGAAAGGAAGAAAUGCAUGAUAUUAUUGUAAGGGAAAGGUGUGAUAGUGCCAUCUUUUUGGAUUGUCGUAAGCUUGGUGGGAGUGGUGUGGAUUCCUUAUUUGAUAAAUUGUCUAGUGCCUGUGAGUCCGUUCGUGGUACAAGAAAGAAUAAAUCAAAUCUUUAUGAUCAUGAAAU